AGUUGGCCGAGCAUGCAAACACUUUCUACUCACAGCAAACAAACCUUCAAGAGAGCUUUUGAGAAUUCCUUCACUCACAUUCAAGAAAUGGCAGCGCAAUUUCUGUUCGGAACUGCCGAGCGAAUCCUUAAUUCUUUGACUACACUGGCUGCCGAAGAGAUCGGACUGCUAUGGGGUGUCGAAGAUGAGCUUAAUCGCCUGAUGAACACCAUUUCAACAAUCAAAGCUGUACUUCUGGAUGCGGAGGAGAAACGGGCUGCAGGAGACCAUGCUGUCAAAGAUUGGCUCGAAAAGCUACAAGAUGUCGUUUAUGAUGCAGAUGACUUCUUCGAUGAUGUUUCCACUGAAGCUCUACGAAGGGAAAUAAUGACCCAUGAUAAGAAGGCCAAAAAGGUAUGCAUUUCCUUUUCCACAUCUAACCCGCUUGUCUAUCGUCAUGAAAUGGCCCAUAAGAUUAAGGCGAUUAGGGAGAGGUUAGAUGCCAUCAACGCUGAUAGGGCGAGCUUCCACUUGGAGGUACGCGAUGCAGAGACUCGAGUCGUGAGUCGGGAGACUUUUUCUUUUGUACGCGAGAGGUCAAUUAUUGGUAGAGAGGAUGAUAAGAAGGCAGUUAUAGACCGUCUGGUGGACUCUAACGUUGAAGAUGAUGUUUCAAUCCUUCCAAUUGUUGCCAUAGGUGGAUUAGGAAAGACUGCAUUGGCUCAACUCAUAUUCAAUGAUGAGCAAAUCAAAAAACAUUUUCAGCUCAAAAUGUGGGUGUGUGUCUCUGAUCCCUUCAAUGUUAAAGAUAUUGUUGGGAAAAUCUUAGAAUCCGCAAAAAACUCGAAACAAGAAGAUGUUCAAAUGAAUACACCGGUAAACUAUCUUCGAAAAGAAAUCGAUGGAAAGAAAUACUUACUCGUGUUGGAUGACGUGUGGAAUGAAGAUCAUAGAAAAUGGUCCGAAUUGAAAGAAGUGCUGAUGGGUGGUGUAAGCGGCAGUAGAAUAUUGGUGACUACUCGCACUGAAAGAGUUGCAAGGAUUUGCGGGACAGUUGAAUCAUACUCCUUAAGGGGUUUGAAGGAACACGCGUCAUGGUCUUUAUUUAUGCAGAUGGCCUUUGAGAAAGGACAAGAGCCGGAGGAGAAUUCAAGCAUCGCUGUAAUUGGGAGGGAGAUCCUAAAAAAGUGUUCAGGUGUCCCUCUAGCCAUAAGAACAAUUGGAAGUUUACUACGCUUCAAAAAAUCAGAAACAGAGUGGCUGAAUUUUAAGAAUGAUAAACUCUCAAAAGUACCUCAAAAUGAAACUGACAUCUUACCAACUCUGAAGCUAAGUUAUGAUCAACUUCAAUCACAUUUGAAGCACUGUUUUGCUUAUUGUAGUUUGUUCCCAAAAGAUUUCAACAUUGAUAAAUCAAAACUGAUCCAGCUUUGGAUAGCACAAGGGUUUGUCAAGUUAUCAGAUCAAAGUCGAUGCUUGGAAGAUGUUGGUAAUGAAUAUUUUAUGGAUUUACUUUGGAGAUCAUUCUUUCAAGAAGCUAAAACAGAUGAGUUUGAUAACGUAACUCAUUGCAAAAUGCAUGAUCUCAUGCAUGAUCUUACCAGUUUAGAGGCAGGAUCGUUGAUCACCACAUUAGAUGAUAAGGAGAUGAACUUUGAUGAAAAAAUUCGUCAUGUAUCAAUUGGUUGCAAUAUCAGUACUUUAUCAAUUACAACUUCAUUGUGUAAAGCAACUUCAUUGUGUAAAGCAAGUGGGAUACGAACAUUUCUUCGUCCCACUACGAACUACUAUGACGGUGGUGAGUCAUAUUGUGAAGCAAUUGUUUCAAGUUUCAAGCUCUUGCGCACCUUGGAUUUGCACAGGCAGCACAGCCCGAGAAUUCGUUUUCUGCCAAGCUCUAUUGGGAUGUUGAAGCAUUUAAGAUAUCUUGAUCUUUCUUAUAACUUCUUCCUCAAGAAGCUACCCAAUUCUAUAACCGAGUUGCAUAAUUUGCAAACACUAUUACUAUUUUCUUGUUUCCAGCUUGAAGAGUUGCCGGAAGACAUGCAAAAAUUAGUCAACCUCAGGCAUCUUGAUAUAGAUGAGUGUCAUAGGUUGAAUUAUAUGCCACGUGGACUGGGGAAAUUGACUAAUCUUCAAACGUUAUCAAAAUUUGCGAUACACAGGGAUCCUCUCUCUAACGAUAGCGGUGGGUUAAAAGAACUAAACGGACUAAAUAACCUAAGAGGACAGUUAAGGAUUGAAAAUUUGAGACAUGGAAAAGAUGUUGCGUCAGAAUGUAAGGCUGCAAAUUUAAAGGAGAAAAAACAUCUUCAUGCUUUGACUUUACAGUGGCUUUGUGACGAAGGUAUCAAUUAUUCGGACUCGGAUGUUGAUGUUGAUGACUCGGAUGUUGAUGUUGAUGCUGAAUUGAUGUUGGAAGACCUUCAACCGCACCAAAAUCUGAAAGUGCUUCGUUUUCAAUUAUACGACUGUAUGAGUUUAAGGCUUCCGAGUUGGCUUUCGUCACUCACAAAUCUUGUUAGACUUGAAUUAUAUCGGUGUACAAAAUGCCAAUAUAUGCCACCAUUGAGUCAAUUGCCUUCUCUCAAGAAAUACUACUGCCUUAAUGUUCCAUUAGAUGAUGAGAUUGAUGACGAGAGCUACCAUUAUUUGUUCAAGCCAAUAAUUGGAAAGGUGAUGGAAGUUUUUAGGCCUGGUUGGCUCCCCUAA